GGCCACUUCAUUUUCACGUAGUUGGAUGCAGCAGCCAAGGCAAAUGACUGUGUCUGAUAUCACAAUAGACAACCAGAGCAGUCACUAUGGAGUCUGCCAUCCUGGAGUGUAGCCAAUACUUGCCUUUUCUGGGAGAACCUUCCAGCAGGAGAGUCCUGCUGUAACAGAAGUACACAAGGGAGCUCCAGAAGGAAGCUAUGGCUGCAGUAAUACUGGAGAGCAUCUUUCUGAAGCGAUCCCAGCAGAAAAAGAAAACAUCACCUUUAAACUUCAAGAAGCGUCUCUUUCUCUUGACUGUACAGAAACUUUCGUACUAUGAGUAUGACUUUGAACGUGGGAGAAGAGGCAGUAAAAAGGGCUCAAUAGAUGUUGAGAAGAUCACCUGCGUUGAAACAGUGGUUCCUGAAAAAAAUCCUCCCCCUGAAAGACAAAUUCCGAGAAGGGGUGAGGAAUCCAGUGAAAUGGAGCAGAUUUCAAUCAUUGAAAGGUUCCCUUACCCUUUCCAGGUUGUAUAUGAUGAAGGACCUCUCUAUGUCUUCUCCCCAACUGAAGAACUGAGGAAACGUUGGAUUCACCAGCUCAAAAAUGUCAUCCGGUACAACAGUGAUCUGGUGCAGAAAUACCACCCUUGUUUCUGGAUCGAUGGGCAGUAUCUCUGCUGCUCUCAGACAGCCAAAAAUGCAAUGGGCUGUCAAAUCUUGGAGAACCGGAAUGGAAGUUUAAAACCUGGGAGUUCUCACAGAAAGACAAAAAAGCCUCUCCCCCCCACACCUGAAGAAGACCAGAUCUUGAAAAAGCCACUGCCCCCUGAGCCACCAGCAGCACCAGUCUCUACAAGCGAGUUGAAAAAGGUUGUAGCCCUUUAUGAUUACAUGCCAGUGAAUGUCAAUGAUCUCCUGCUGCAGAAGGGCGAUGAGUAUUAUAUCCUGGAGGAGAGCAACUUACCUUGGUGGCGAGCACGAGAUAAAAAUGGGAAGGAAGGUUAUAUCCCCAGUAACUAUGUCACUGAAGCAGAAGACUCCAUAGAAAUGUAUGAGUGGUAUUCCAAACAUAUGACUCGGAGUCAAGCUGAGCAACUGCUAAAGCAAGAGGGAAAAGAAGGAGGUUUCAUUGUCAGAGAUUCCAGUAAGGCUGGAAAAUACACUGUCUCUGUGUUUGCUAAAUCAACAGGAGACCCUCAAGGGGUGAUACGCCAUUAUGUUGUGUGUUCCACACCUCAGAGCCAGUAUUACCUGGCUGAAAAGCACCUUUUCAGUACCAUCCCCGAGCUUAUUAAAUACCAUCAGCAUAACUCCGCAGGACUCAUAUCUAGGCUCAAAUAUCCAGUGUCUCAACAAAACAAGAAUGCACCUUCCACAGCAGGCUUGGGCUAUGGAUCAUGGGAAAUCGAUCCAAAGGACCUGACAUUCUUGAAGGAGCUGGGGACCGGACAAUUUGGGGUAGUGAAGUAUGGGAAAUGGAGAGGCCAGUAUGAUGUUGCCAUCAAGAUGAUCAAAGAAGGCUCUAUGUCUGAGGAUGAGUUCAUUGAAGAAGCUAAAGUCAUGAUGAAUCUUUCCCAUGAGAAGCUGGUGCAGUUGUAUGGAGUAUGCACCAAACAGCGUCCCAUCUUCAUCAUCACUGAAUACAUGGCUAAUGGCUGCCUCCUGAACUACCUGAGGGAGAUGCGUCACCACUUCCAGACUCAACAGCUGCUGGAGAUGUGCAAGGAUGUCUGUGAAGCUAUGGAAUACCUAGAGUCAAAGCAGUUUCUUCACCGUGACCUGGCUGCCCGAAACUGUUUGGUAAAUGAUCAAGGAGUGGUUAAAGUAUCUGACUUUGGUCUGUCCAGGUAUGUUCUGGAUGAUGAAUACACGAGCUCAAUAGGCUCCAAAUUUCCAGUCCGAUGGUCUCCACCAGAAGUCCUUAUGUAUAGCAAGUUCAGCAGCAAAUCUGACAUUUGGGCUUUUGGGGUUUUGAUGUGGGAAAUAUACUCUCUUGGAAAGAUGCCAUAUGAGAGAUUUACUAAUAGUGAAACUGCUGAGCACAUUGCCCAAGGCCUGCGACUCUACAGGCCUCAUCUAGCUUCAGAGAGGGUAUAUACCAUCAUGUAUAGUUGCUGGCAUGAGAAAGCAGAUGAGCGUCCCACUUUCAAAAUUCUACUGAGCAACAUUUUAGAUGUCAUGGAUGAAGAAUCCUGAACUGAUCAAUAAGCUUCUUCAUUCUACUCCUCUCCUCCAAAAAGCCCCAAUUUCACUUUCUCUAAAGAAAUCCUAGAUUAACAACGCUGGGGACUAUGUGUUCUCAUUGAAUACACAAACGACUCUCACUCUACAUCUAGGAAUGCCUCUCUUCUUUGAUUCCCUGGGAUAACGCCUUUUGAACAAAGGCCAAGGAAUUAUUGGGCCUGGUUAUUGCCCUCCGGAGUGGAAACUUCCCCAGAGUAUUAUUAAGUCAGACUGCAUUUGAGACGGAAAGAUUUUGGAGAAGGGCAAUGUAAAUAGCCUAAGAAGGAGGGUGUAGCAGCUCUUUGGGUAUGCAUUAAAGUUUGGGGGAAGG